AUGGAGAAAAGGAAAGAUUUCACGGCAAUGUUGUUUCAAAUUAAUCCAGAUAUUUUAGAUGACAAGUAUGAAAGUUACUCAUCAUCAAAUGAUCUCUAUAAUCUAAUCGGAAGACAAGCGAAAGGGUCCGAAGAGAUCCGCGGUCAGGAACCAAAAUUCGAAAAAAAAAUCAAUCAAGUUUCCGUGAGGAAUAAUCAAAAACGAAUUGAUUCUCAAACUGUUUCAAUUCAAUCGUUAAGAGAUCGUAUUGAAGAAUUGGAGAUCGAAUCUUUAAUUCAAAAUCAAAAUAUUAAAAACCUUCAACAGGAUCUUAACAAGUUGAAGGCUAAUACCAUCAAGAGGAUCAUUAACGAGAUUAAAUGUGAUGUCAAAGGUCAUGAGAAUCUUAAAAACGAUUUGAAAAAUUUGAAAUCUUCCCAAUCAACUUACAUUGGAUCUGCACCCAGUUCAUCAUCACCCUUACAGAUCAGCUCAAUCUAUCAAAAAGAUCGAGGAUCGAUUCCAAAACUUGCUCAACAAAUUCAACAAUCCAUUACGAGUGAGAAUAUCAGUUUAAGAAAUCUUCGAUAUUUAAAGCAUCAAUUUUCAAACGAUCUUUUAAUUCAAUAUACGAAAUCGGAUCACUUUAAUUCCUUAAGUGAAAAAAUUAAAAGGUUAAUAAAUCUUCUAAUCUAUGAAAGUUUGUCUGAAGAAUUUCAACAAAAAGAUGUAAAACUUUCACAAAAGUUAAACGAAUAUAUCGAAAGAGGUGUAAUUCUAGAAUUACCAAAAGGAUAUGAUAGUUAUAGAGAAUACAGUAAGAGUAUGAUGUUCAAGAAAUUGAAUAAAAUUUUAAAAGAUAGGAUUAUAAAGCUAAUUCAAAUAGAAAAAAAAUUAAACACUGGAAAAAAUUAA